AUGAAUGCGAAUAGCCACUAUAGGAAGGACGCCAAAUGCGCCAAAUGCACAGAAGCUGAGCAACAUGCUCAGACUGCCGAAGCCCAAUCCCGCGAUCAUGCGAUACAGUCCGAGAUCGCCGAAGUCGCGGCGCGAGCUGCCAAUUCUCGCGCUGAAAGACUUGCACUGGAUUUGAGAGGUGCAGGCCAGCGAGCCGAAGAGUUUCAGCGGCGAGCUAUCGAGGCAAAGAAGCGUGUAGGUGACUGGGGAAUUCUCAGGUUUUCAACCUUGGGGGUUGAACGUUUGCACUAUCCACGAUCUCUAGUGCAAUACGACAAUGUAUGCGAAUGCUACAGCAGCAACACUUCGGAGACCAGUUCAUGGGUUAAGGAUGCUCAGGAUCUACAGAAGACCAUUCGUCUUGUUGUAAUCCUUUUCAUCCCGUACCUCAUGGGACAGAUUAUGCUUGGUUGGGUGAGACAUAAGCAGAGGCUCCAACAGAUACAAGCAGAGAAGGAUGCCAAGUGCACCAAGUGCAUUGAGGCCAAAACCCAAACCCCAGAGCUUCAGCUACGGACUCAGAUUGCUGAGGUCGCAGCCAGAGAAGCCAAUUGGCGCGCUGAACAAUUGGCGGUGGAGCUGCGAGGUGCAAACCGGCGAGCUGCCAAGGCUGAGGAGCGCCUUCGGGACGGGAAACUUCAUUGA